AUGAUGUUACGAGACUUCUUAGACGGGCAAACCAAGUUUAAUUCAUCGGGAGGGAGAUGCUGGCCGACGAGGCAAAAGACUUGCUAGGUUUUUCCCCAAAUUGUCGUCCCUCCUCAUCUCAGGUUAAAGCGGCCUAUAGAAGGAAGGUAUGGGAAACUCAUCCUGAUCGCUUUCCUGCUCACGAAAAAUCAAAUGCAGAAUGUAAAUUCAAGAUGAUUAGCGAAGCAUACAGUUGCCUGUGCUCUGGAGCAGGAGUGCAAAGUUCUCACGCAGACUCAUACUCGUAUGUUGUGCGAACUGGAGUUCCAAGAACAUAUGGAGGAAGAAGGAACCAGCGACUGGUUGGAUUUCCUUUCAUUUUUAUAAUUGUAGGUACAGUUGCGCUGGCAGGAUCAAAUGUGGCCAGGGCCUACAGAAAGGAAAAGCAGGCUUAUCCUUCUCAUAAUCCUUUUCUCCCCUGAUCGAUGCAGGAGCCAUUUCAAUUAUGGUUUCAAUAUAUUGUAUGUAGUAUAGCAAUGACUAGCAGAGUGGAGUUCAAUUGAACCUACUAUAUUAAUGGCACUGUGGUCAAAUGGCUGGCUGUAUCAGUUUUCUAUAAUUCUACAUAUAUAGCAGAAAGGAAAACGCCAACUCUUGUGGGAA